AUGAACUACAGCCUUCACUGCAGCUCGCACCACCACCCGGGCUUCAUCAACAUGAGGCAUUGCUUCUGUGUCAGCUGUGUGGUUUGGUGGCCAAGUUUUGCGAGUAGGAAAGUGCAACGUGCGGUGGUCAAGCAAGGUGUGUGUCUAUGCAGUGAGAUCGCCGCGAUGAUAGGUUUAAAUCUGCGAGUCACCGGACACUGUAACCAGGGUGGCCGUAAAUAUAUGGAAGAUGCCUUCGUCGUCGCUUAUCAGCAGACCAAGGACAAGACAGACCUGGAAUACGCUUACUUCGGUAUCUUCGAUGGUCACGGCGGUCGCGAAGCCGCGCUUUACGCCAAGGAGCAUCUGCUCGACGCUAUUGUGAAACAAAGCGACUUUUGGUCAAAUAACGAUGAGCACGUGUUGCGUGCCAUCAAGCACGGCUUCCUCACAACACAUCUUGGCAUGUGGAAGGAAGUUGGCAAAUGGCCCAAGACGAUGUCAGGUUUACCCAGUACAUCAGGCACAACCGCAAGCAUCGCCUUCAUUCGUAGGGGCAAGCUGUUCAUUGGUCAUGUUGGAGAUUCACGUAUAGUGCUCGGAUGUGAAAGCAUGGACGGGGAGAACUGGUAUGGGCAGCCCCUGACGCAUGAUCACAAGCCUGAAAGCCCGAGGGAGAGGGAGCGCAUCCAUAGUGUAGGUGGCCUUGUCAUGAACAAGUCUGGGGUGGACCGAGUGGUCUGGAACCGCCCCUCUGUUGGUCACCGCGGCCCUGUUCGGAGGAGCACACACUUCGACAAGAUCCCCUUUUUGGCAGUGGCAAGGUCUUUAGGUGACCUCUGGAGCUAUAACUACACAGCAGGCAAAUUUGUGGUGAGCCCAGAGCCAGACGUGAGUGUCGUAAAGCUGGACACGCGCCGAGACCGCUGCAUUGUCAUGGCCUCAGACGGCUUAUGGAACAUGGUGGACAUCACGGAGUCGGUGCGGUUUGUGCAGCAGGCUGAGCGUGACAAUGAGCAUGCAUUCCUCGAAGCUGCCCAGGCUGGUUCGCAAGAUUAUCAGGUGUACAACCCUUCGAAGAUGUUGGUGGAUGAAGCCCUGUAUCGCUGGGGCCGUGUCAAAACCCGUGCUGACAAUACAAGUGUGGUGACGGUGAUGCUUGACCCAGCGGGCCCAUCACGGAAUGAGGUGCUUCUGCGUCAGCGAUUCUUGCACCGGCUGCGGCCUAGAGAGGAACUACGAACACCAGAGCCACAGGCACCAGCAUCCCCAAGGCCUGGUUCCCUUGCUCCUGAUGAGCGAGAGCUGAGCCCACCAAGGUCACCAACCAGUGACCCGGAAAGCGAUGAGCCGGAAGGCAUGCGAGGCCUUCCACGAGUUGUGAUCUUGACACCAAAGCGAGUCUACCCGUCAAUUUCGCCUCCCUCGUUGAGGGCAGAGGCCCAGGAAGUGCCGAGCCAAGAGCCAAAGCCAGAGCCUGAAUGCAAAUCCCCAGAGCAAAAGAAAGAGGCCAGCGACAGCACACAGGAAAACGAUGCCACAGCGGGUAGCCACAAACGGCGACUGCCCUUGGAUAACCUUGAGACUGAGGAAGUAGCACAAAAGCGGCCCCACAACGACAGUGAAAGUGAAGCAACAGAUGAAGCUGCUGAUAAUACCAUAGUGCGUGCACGCAAAACAAGACUAUGAUUUUAGUAGCAACAUGUACUUCAAGCCAGUCCUUUUUUUUUCUGUGCGUGUGCAUAUACAAUCACGUGUUUGUGUGUGCGCGGGAAGUGCCUCUUUCAUGGCCACUUUGUGUGUGCCCUGCAAUUCGUCCACCUGCUAGCACACCUGUGCAGUGGCUAGCAAUGCGUCACACCUGACAUUUAUGUUGUGGCACAAACUGUUGACCUCGGAACUCUUUUCAAGUCUUCACAUCAGUAUUUAUAGCCAUUUUCAUGACGCUAGUGUGUCUGCAGGGAGAAAAACUGAAAAAUCUGGUGAGCACUUCUUUGAGAAGAUGCAAGGCUGAGACAUGUCACGCUGAAGUUGCGUUGUGGCUGCUCAGCACAUUUUAUAUUGCAGUGCAGGGACACAAGCCAAGUUUCACUGCCAAGAACCUCUCUCGUUGGUUGGCUGGUGCGAGGAGCAGCAGUGAUAGUAGUGACAUUUGAUGCACCCUUGUAUGUGUUUAUGUAGACCCCCCCCCCCCCCACCUCUGUGUUGCAAAUAUUAAUUUGCAAGAGAACCCAGUGAGUCAGCCGAUUUUCCAACACCAUAAUUGUGUUUGUGCAUUGCAGAAUACAGUAAAAGCUCGUUAAUUCAAAUUCCGCGGGGAUGCUAAGAAAAUUCAGAUUUUUAUAAAAUUCGAACUAAUGAAAGUCGGAGAAAGAAUCGCUUGGUUACGGCACGUAUAUGGUCUGACAUAGCGUGAGCGCGUGCACACACGCUACGUCACGUUGGCGAGAACAACAACGUCUAUAGUUCGAAGCACUGGUGCAGCCAAAGUAACUGGACGCAGUCUGACGUGCCCGACGUCGAGAUGGCUCUUGCUCCAUUUGCGCGUUCAUUGCGCCGAUCCACAGUGCAUGGCGCGGAGAAAAAGAAGGUGUCCGUGUCGCUUCGCCGACGGUCGAAGACAACUGUUCAAAGUGGUGCACGGGUUGGGGAUCGCUCUGCGCAUGCACUGAAGAGAGCAGCCGACGGCGCCCACGUCCAAGUCUAGAGGGGACGGCAUUUCCGCUGGCGAAGCGCAAGCGGCGUGGCGCGACUGGCUGCAAGCAACGCACGCUGAAAACGUCAGACUAUUAAGCGUGCCUUUGCGCCGCCAACGCUCGGUGCAGGAACAAGAGCUGCGCUCCAAAAUGCACUCGCGAAACGCACUAAAACCUGCUGCGACGUUGGUCUCCGUUGUACUUUCGUAGCUGCACCGUCCAAAAACGUAUCCCAGUGAUGCUUUCCUAUGAGUAACAGCCACGAAUCUCAAAAGAUAUGCUUUUUGGUACUGCGAGCGCCAAUAAACGUCACGGACGCUAUGUUUUAGACAUGACCUGUUGCCGCUUCUCGGCAGAACACCUCAUAAAGAAAGGGCAUAGCCUCCAUGAUGUAACAUGAAAAAAAGAAAAAAUAUAAAGACACGCAGCACCGCAUCCGCGUUUUUAUCUUGAAUAUCUUAAGAGAGGGAGAGAACCAACCUGCAACAGAGGCGUUGGCCAUGUCUGGCCAGGCGUGAGCGCGUCUCUCUCCAGUCGGGCCUAAAUGAAAGGCCGCAGAUGGAAAGAGCGAAGCUGCUUGGCCGGCGUAGCGUCGACAAUGUGCUCCCGUGCACUACCACUCUCCCCACCCACAAUGGCGCAGAGUUCGAAUUAUCGGUGACGGUGCAGAUUUCAGUGUGAAUUAGCGGGAUGUGUUAAGUAUUGCUUUCAGUACAUUGUUGGAUGGGGCGGCUAAUUCGAAUUAUCCGAAAUUUCGAAUUAACAAGCUUUUACUGUAGUACAUAUAGUGACUCUUGACGUGCACUUGGUGGCACUUGUUCCUAAAAUUUGGUACGCAAAUUGUCCCCAUGGACAAUACGGUGUUUCGCUGAGGCAUUUUGUGGCACCUACUUUGACCACUGCCCUUUCGGAAGUCACUGUAUCCUUGUGUAUUGUGUAUAUGUUGAAUUCAUGUGUGCUGUGCACGCAUACCAUUUUUAUCCUGCAUCGUUUCAGCAUUUUUAUCAUUGAAUAUUUCAGUGACAGGGACAUUGCAAUCUUCUGUUCAGCUUGCUUAUGACAUUGGGAGUAGAAAAUGCGUGAAGCGGUGCACAUGUACAUGUGUUGCCUGUUUUUAAUGGUGACGUAAGGCAACUCGUGUAUGUUGUUCUAUCUUUUUUGUACAUUUACGGGUUUACAAUUCCCCAGUUUAUUUCAACUGUGUCUCAUCCUAUUAAAUGAGUUUAGAAGGGAUCACUGCCAUUAACAGUAGUGCAUUUGGAUGAAGCAAAGUUGUCCAACUUGUCCAGUUUCUUCCUGUGCACCCGCUGCCCACAUCAUGUGAACAAGGGUGCCACAUGCUCUUUUGUAAGAUAGGUUUCUUGCCUCAUUUUAAUUUUUUCCCCUUCAUAUGUAUUACGGGGUAUUUAUGUGUUUUGCGCGGGAACCCAGCUCUUGUCCACAAGCAUGGCAGUGCAGUCUCUUUAAUGUGGCAUAUUUAUUUCAAGGCAUUGUAUGCUAUGGCAAUGCCACUCAGGGUGUUCACAAUAAUUUUGUCUUCCCAGUCAAUGUAGCUCUCAGGGCAUUUUUGAUUAGCACAUUAUUGCCUCGAGUGACUGGAGAAAUGUUAAUUUUAUCAGUUUGACCUUGGCAAAGCACUCAAAACUGGUUCGACUUAUACAAAGUUAGACUUAAAGCAUACAUAAAAUAAAGAGCUUUAUAUACUGGAA